AUGGAUGAGCUAGAACUCCACGCCGAGUCAACCUUCGAGGUGGAAAUGGACACCCGGCCCCCCUCUACCCCCCCAGAGGCUAUCCCUCCAGAGGCUGCCUGGCAGGCAGAAAUAGAUGCACGGAUGGGCCCAAUCCCGCCCCCUGGCAGUAGACAAAAACGUACGUGGCUCCGUAAGUUGCGUCGAUUACGGAGUCGGUUAAGGGCAGGGUCCAGGGAUUCCCCUAAUUCCCUAAAGGAAACUCCCGGUCCUGCCCCUGUCAUGAUGAAGGGCGUUAAGCCAUCCAAAGGAAUGGGGAGGGGGAGAGGGUUUGCAAGGGUCCGCAAGGGUCCCAUAACACCCGGGACGCCCGGUACUUUCCAUAGUAAGGGGAGAGGGAGGGGUCUCUUGAAUUACCUCAACCGAGAAGAUUUCUCUUUAAUGGAUGCCCCCGCUCGGUUAAUGGAUGCCCCCGCCCCUGCUCCGAGCUCCCAUCCCCCGCCUCUGCUAGGGUUUGAUAGCCAUUUUCACCCAGACAGGUGUGGUUGGUACAGUAAGAGAAAGGGGAAGAGCGUGGUGACAAAGCACCCGGUAGAGAUAGUCGGAGGGGUCCUGAACUUCUGUGACCCAGAGUUCUUUAUGGACCCCGGCUUUCUUUCCCGGGUGCUGGCUCACAGCCCCCCAUACAACAAGAGGGACGGGAGCUGGAGAUUAGCAGUAGGGAUACACCCUAAACAGGCCUCACAGUACACCGAAGAUCAGUGGCAGCGUUUGGUUGCCCUACUUCAAAGCCCCUUGGUUGUAGGCGUAAGCGAACUGGGCUUUGACUUUUCUGUCAACUCCCAGUGGUGGCCUGACCAGGAAGCGCUCUUUCUGCGACUUCUUGGUCAGGGCACCCAAGGGAGGGUCCUUAUCCUUCACCUAAGGGGUGAUUCGAAGAAUAAUACCGCGUACGCGGCGCACACUUUGGCCCGCCGGCUUCUUGCAAAGCACUGCUCCCCACUCCAAAGGAUACACAUCCAUAACUUCUCCAGCGAUGCUUUGCAAGCCGGGAAAUGGAUCGCUGCCUUUCCAUAUUGCUAUUUCGGUAUUGCCGGGAUGGCAGCGUACUUCACAACAGAACAAAUUCAAGGCCUUAGGGCCGUCCCCGCGGAUCGGCUAAUUCUGGAGACCGAUGCUCCGCAUCUCCCUCCUCGCCCGGACAUGACGGUGACUUCACCUGAAAGCCUGGGUGAUGUGGGGGCGGUGGUAGCCAACCUGCGGGGGCAGCCCUUGGCCACUAUAAUGGCCCAAGCCACAUACAAUGCAAAACUACUGUAUGGCCUGUUAGGGUAAUAGGGUUAUGUUAUUCAUUUUUUUGGUGGCCCCUGUCUCAUGUUUUAUUUUUCUGUCCAAAAUCUUGCCCUUCCUACUUUGGAGGUUAAUUAAAAGAUAAAGUCGCGGCCUAUCCAUGUAAUUGAGGGGUCUUAGGUUCUUCUCUUCUGCGAUGCAGUAUUUUCUCUCUCCGGAGAACGUUUCUAUUCUGUAUCGUGGCGGAGAAGGACUGAGAAGUUUUCCCAACGUACCGGGCCGAACUAGACCAGAUUUUACAUUCCCAAGUGGAAAGUGUCUGUUGGCUGUCAUCUUUCGGACCCUCCUUAGUCUUCAGGGACUGGUAAAGGUUGCGGACUCUUAUAUUCCAUAAAGCCUAAGGGACAUUGGUUUAGUUUUUUGAAAUAUUGUGCCAAAUUGUGUCGCACGUAAAGUUAUAUAUCCAGGUGAUAUUAUAUUUAUUCCAACCGUGGUGCCAAAAUACGUCACAAGUGAGUUUAUAAAUUUCUUUACAUACUAUCCAGCGGAUAUAGGUUUGGUUUUCAAAGACAAUAUUGUGCCAAGUUGUGUCACACAAAGUUUUUUAGUUAUUUCAACCAUUGUGCCGAAUGACGUCACAGGUAAAAUUAUACAUUUCCUUUAAUGAUAUCCAGGCGAUAUGGUCUUCAAUUUAGUUUUAAAGUCUGCUGGCCAAGCAAGGCUUAUUACUUGGUUAUCAUCCUCCAAAGUUUGGGGAUUGAGAUUUGGGGCCAUCCAUAUUUUUUUGUGUGUAAAUAGUCCUUUUCACGCAUGAACUACAUGAACUACAUGAACUACAUGCUUAGUAGCUCGUAACCUAAAGACAUGUAUACAUAUAUAUGUAUAUGUUCAAUAAAGUUUUUUGAGGGUCUGUUUAAUGCCCACGAGUAUAGGGAAAGAAACCUAAAUUUCCUUAGUAUAUGUUUUCGUGAUAUUUCCGAGAUACUGGGAAGUAAAUAGUUCCUUUCAGGGGUCUAGGACGAGUGUUUUUAUUCCUGGUACUACAUGUACCGGUUUAUUGUUACUUUUUUGUCCACUCCUCAGACCUAUCUUUAUAUCUACAUGAGUGAUUAGGAAAGUACAGUUAAUAAUCAAUCUCCCCUUUAUUUUUACGGUUGGGGGGAAUAUGGGGAACUUGGUCGCCCGCGCGAAGUGCUACAAUACGCGCGACCGUGCGUGCGACCAUGCCCCCCAGAAACCCUCCAUACGUACGCAGAAUCAGGAUCCCAAGAUCAGACGCAUUCUCACGUUCAGCUCUCGAUCAGUACAGUACUACAGUCUACUACGUAUACGUCCCUCAAGUUCACACGAGUCAUCAGGUUCUACGACAAGUCUACUUACAAGUUCUACGACAAGCUCUAUAUACUUACAAGUCAUCGAAGUCUUCAUCCUCUGUAAGAUUAAGACGGACUGACCCAGGAUUAAGGUGAGUAUAUGGUUCUCGGCAAUCCAGCUUACUUUAUUUAGGUUAACAUCCAUAUAGUUAGUUUACUAUAUUUUUAUGCUCUAUCUGAUGGUAUGAUUUUUAUAAAGAUUUGGAAACCAGAUCACAAUGAAAAAUUGCGACAAAGUGAAAAAAAUUGUGCAAAACAGAAAUUUCAUUUUCCCAUAGAAAACGCAUGGAGAAAUGGCAAUCUCAACACACACAAAAAUAAGGGUUUGCAAUUUAUCUCUAAAUCCUUAUUUAAAAUGAUCAUAUAAACUUGUCCUUACUGUCAAAAGAAAGCCCUGAAUUUUCUCUUUCCAUACAUGCCAAACACAAGUUAAUAAUCAAUUCAGAUCACAUUUUUCUAGUAGCCUGAACUUCCCCGAAAAAAUGUGCCAUAUUUUCCCCUAAAUUAGCCUGUUUUAUGCUGACUCUUUUCAGUGUGGCUUCAGACACCCUACCACGGGUCUUUCUUUUCAAAUAUCAAAAUAUUGAUAACUUUGACUUGGCAUAUCAUGGGAAAUAGGAAACCGUUCUGCCUCAUUUUAAUUUUAUUUUAAUCAGUGAAAUGUAAUCACUUUAUGAUCAGAUAAUAAAUCUAUCCUUUCAUUUUCCUUUAAGUUGCAUGCUUGUGUGAGUGUGUCAUGCUGUGUGCACAUCAUGAAAUCGCACUAACAAAACAUCUAAUAUAUGGGGCCGAAGCGUAAAACUUGCCUGAAACUCGAACUCCAAAUUGCUGCCGGAAUUCAUCGUUUGAUGGAAACACUCUCUUCUUCCUGGGGGAACUAUUACUGUAAGGUCAUGCAUUAUCCCUGAUGACAAUUCUGCCACAAUUAAUAGAAUGAAAUAUCCCAGAAUCAAUCGCAAAUUCUCCAUUUUGCGUGA